UCAGGCCACCAGCUGGCAGCACAAGGUUGACUGGGUUCUGGGGAAACUUCAGGACCUCCAACAAGCCAUGAACCAACUGGACCUAGGCCUGGCUGAGAUGGAGAAUGAGAGCUGGCACUCUGAGGAACACAGCAUGGCCAACUGUGUGCUGGAGAACAUGGAAAAUAUCGGGAUUGUGGGUAAUCAGCACCAGCAGUUGCAAUGCUCUCAAACGGAUAAGAGACAUUUCUCCCAUGACUUCUUGUCUGUAUCCGUUGAGUUCCCUUGGCAAAGAGCUGUUUUUCAUAACGGCGUUCCUUAUUAUAUCAAUCAUGAGCGGCAGACCACCUCGUGGGAUCAUCCAAAGAUGACACAGUUAUUUCAAUCAAUGGCUGAUCUGAGCCAUGUGCGUUUCUCCGCUUACCGCACAGCGAUGAAGAGCCGCCGGCUACAGAAAGCCCUCUGCUUGGACCUUUUGGAGCUCAGCAUCGCCCAGAGUGUCUUUGAUCAACACAAACUCACGCAUAAUGGGCAGCUACUGGAGAUUCCAGGCAUCAUAAACUGUCUCUGCACAGUCUACCGUGAACUUCAGCAGGUGCAUCCGGAUCUGGUUAAUGUGCCUUUGUGUGUGGAUCUGUGUCUCAACUGGCUGCUAAAAGUCUAUGACAGUGACAGAAGUGGAAAAGUUCAAGUGUUGUCCAUGAAGAUUGGCUUGUUUUCUCUUUCAAAAGGACCUCUAAAGGAUAAGUACAAAUAUCUGUUCGCUCAGGUGGCCGACGCUGCAGGCGUCUGUAACCAGAGGCAGCUGGCGUUACUGCUACUCAACAGCAUCCAAAUCCCACACCAGCUCGGGGAGGCCGCCGCAUUCGGAGGGAGUAACAUGGAGCCCAGUGUCCGUAGCUGCUUUCAAUAUGUGGGCCGUGAUGAUGUCAUUGAGGUACAGCAGUUUGUGGACUGGAUGCAUUUGGAGCCACAGUCGAUGGUCUGGUUGCCUGUCCUUCACAGAGUCGCCGCUGCAGAAACCGCCAAACAUCAGGCCAAAUGCAACAUCUGUAAGGAGUGUCCCAUGGUGGGCUUCAGGUAUCGAAGUCUGAAACACUUCAACUACAACGUGUGUCAGACAUGUUUUUUCUCGGGAAGGAUUUCCAAGGACUAUCAUCUCAGCUAUCCAAUGGUGGAGUACUGCACCCCUACCACCUCAGGAGAAGAUGUGCGUGACUUCACCAAGGUGCUGAAAAACAAGUUCCGCUCAAAGAAGUACUUCACCAAACACCCUCGGCUCGGCUACCUGCCCGUGCAGACCAUCCCGGAGGAAGAGCAUUCAGAGACCCCCGUUGCAUUUGUAAGCAUGUGUCCAGAGGAGUAUGAGUCGACACAGAACAACAGAGAAUCCAGUGCCAUCCUACCUGUAGCAGAAUCUCUCCUGUCAACAGGAAAAAUGAGUGCAGACGACAUCCACUCUCAGACUGAUGAGAGAGCAGCUACAUGUGCACAUCAGAGCUCAUCUGACACUGAGAUGAUGAUGAAUGAGCUGGAACCUUCUCAGAGUCUGGAGGCGGACAGAUCUGAGGAUGUUUCUGGCAACUUCACAUGAGACUCUUCAAUCAGAUGAGAUCGUGGAGGCCUGGGAUCUGAAGUUUGAGCUCUUUGCAUAAGAUUUCAUCUUACAUCAUCCAUGUAAGAGCAUCUCACACCCCACACCGAGAUGACUUUCAUCAUCGCUGUCUUCUGCUCCUCAAACUGAUAAGAGCUGGAGUCGACCGCAGUGCAGAUGUGUUUGUUUAUCCGUGAGCUGUUCGCUAGAGGAUGACCGUACAGACAGAUCCCCACGCGACUUCCUUCCAGAGAGACUGCUGUCAAAAAAAGUGUACACAUUCUCUCACUAUGACAAUCAGUUCUGAGCAAUGCAAAGUCUGCUUUAAAGGAAAAGUUCCUCC